UCUUGGCCAGCUUGGUCAGCUGUUCAUUGGGAACACCAAGUGGCGGAGUCCGGUCCCGCGACCAUGGGUCCCAAGUGGCGGACGUGGGCCAAGGCUGCCUGGGUGGCGGUACCACCCUUGAUCUUCAUGAAGGACCGCUGGAUGUGGGUCUACUGCGUGGAGGGUCGGAGCAUGACUCCCACCCUGAACCCGCAGGAGUCGUUGGUGGAUCGAUGCUUUCGAGACUAUGUGCUGGUGCACCGGAAUGCCGAGCUGCGGAAGGGCGACAUCGUGUUGCUUCGGGAUCCAGGCACCAAUGAGCUCAUCGUGAAGCGACUCGUGGCCCAAGAACGUGAGGUCGUCUCCGCGCACUCGGGACGCCUCUUCGUGCCCGAGGGUCAUUGCUGGGUGGAGGGUGACAAUGGGCGCUUGAGCGUCGACUCGCGCUCCUUCGGUGCGGUGCCCUCUGGACUGCUGGAAGGCUUGGUCCUCUCAGUGGUCUGGCCCUUCUGGCGUGCACGUUGGCUGGAAGAGAUGGUUGAAGACCAAUCUCCAGAGGAGCGGAUGAGGGUCAUGGUCACCUCACAUCUAUCUUCAGGUGGAACUAUCGACGAUGAUGAUGAAUAAA